UUCACCCCAUAAACCCCAAUUAUUUUUAGGGUUUUUAUCUUCAUCGUCUCCAGAUUCACGCAAUCGAAUUCGAAUUUCGAAUACAAAAUCCCGAAAAUAUCAGCUUUCAAAGCCCUGUGUUGAUUUGCGGAUUCAAAAAUGACGCGGGCUUAUACUAUGAAGCAGAAGAAGCGAAAGAACAAGGAAGUGUCCACGAAGUACGACCGUGAAGAAGAGGAAGAAGAACAAAUCCAACCAAAGAAACAAGCGAUUCAGAAAGAAGAACCAACAACUCCAGUUGUUGCACAAACAGAGGAAAACAGUGAACUUGCAGGUAUCCCAAUUGCUCCUUCAAUUGAGAAAAACACUGAGGAGCCAGGUGUUAUUUUCGUUCUUGAAAAAGCUUCUUUGGAAGUCGCUAAAGUUGGAAAGACUUAUCAGCUUUUGAACUCGGAUGAUCAUGCUAAUUUCCUCCGCAAAAAUAAAAAGAAUCCUGCUGAUUACAGGCCUGACAUUUGUCAUCAGGCACUUCUAUCAAUUUUAGAUAGCCCACUAAAUAAAGCUGGGAGGUUGAAAGCGGUAUACAUAAGGACUGAAAAGGGCGUUCUUAUAGAGGUUAAGAACUAUGUUCGUAUUCCAAGAACAUUCAAACGGUUCGCUGGUGUCAUGUUGGAACUGCUUCAAAAAUUGAGUAUAUCUGCUGUUGGCAAGCGUGACAAACUUCUCCGCACGAUAAAAAACCCCAUAACCCAGCACUUGCCUCCCAACUCGCGAAAAGCAGGUUUAUCUUUUAGUUCAGACAAGUUGGUAAACAUGAAAGACUAUUUAUCAACAAUUCCAAGCGAUCAGGACCUUGUCUUUGUGGUAGGAGCAAUGGCACAUGGGAAAGUUGAGACAGAUUACACAGAUGAUUAUAUAGCUGUUUCUGGUUACCCUUUAAGUGCUGCUUACUGUAUUACAAGGAUUUGUAAUGCCAUUGAAGGAAAGUGGAACAUAUUAUGAUUUAGCUUCUCCUAUUGAUUCUCUAUGGACAAUAUAUUUGCUUGAAGAGCGCAUUCAGUUUAUCUAAUAUCGGAGAUAGCUAGGUCUAUGUGUUAUAUAAAUCAAGAGAACUUAUGUAUGUGCAAACACAAGUUUGAAUUUGUAACACCUUGUUUUUUUUGGGUUGAAUUUUUCUAGUUUUAGAUUCAGCUGAUUUUCCUUCUUGUACCAGUUUUGUUUGUAACUUGAUAUUCUAAAUCAUGGCUACGGUCUAUAUUAUAGGAACUUUUGUUCUCUAAUA